AUGGAUAAACAAUUAAACGAAGAAGUCCUGCAAGAUCUUUAUGCAUGGAUUGACAAAAUACCACUUUCAAGACCUAAAAGGAACAUAACACGAGACUUCAGUGAUGGAGUGAUGACUGCUGAAGUUGUGAAGCAUUUCCUCCCCAAACUUGUGGAUCUUCACAACUACACACCCGCAAACUCCACUCCGCAGAAACUGUGUAACUGGGCCACUUUGAACAGAAAGGUUUUUUCCAAGUUGAAUUUUCACGUACCGGACGAAAUUCUGAGGAAAAUCGUUGUGAGCUCUCCAGGCUUCAUUGAGCCGGUCCUCUGUGCUCUCAGACAAAAGAUACAAGACAAACGGCUUGAAAGAGCGACAGAUUACGCACAGGAUCUGGAGUACUACACCACGACAAAUGAACAUUCACAAACAGAGAAAGGUGGGACCGUGAGUGAUACCACUCCAGUAAAGCUCGGCCCUGUGAGGAAGACGGAGAAACACAGUUCUGUUGCAGUUCUGGGCUCCAGCGUGGACCCCACCGUCCGUUUGCUGGUGGAGGAGAAGGAGCGGGCCCUGCUGGCUUUACAGGAGACUGUCGAGAUCCUGCAGAUUAAGGUGAACAAACUGGAACAUUUGGUUCAUCUGAAAGACAUGCGUAUAGAGGACCUGAGCAGGCAUUUGGAUCGGUACAAGACUGGAGCUAACAUGUCAUGA